CACCUCGUCUCCUCGAACAAAAUCAACAAGUAAAAAAAAAAAAACACGAAAAUACUCAUCCUCAUAAGCAUGACUUCAGCGUCGCCGGGUCAUCGGAGAAAAUUCUCCGGCAAGACCCCUCCGGAGAAACACUCCGGGAUGGUUCGGCGAUUCGUCCCCAGUCCUCUGACGCUGAAGCUUCCAUUGCAAAGAAGUGAGUCUGAUGUUGGGCCAUGGAAAGUGUUGGUGAAUGUGACCAUCGAGAACAGCUUGGGAGCCAUACAGGUUCUGAUGUUGCCUCAGGACACAGUCGCCGAUUUGAUAAAGGCAUCGUUGGUGUCUUACGAGAGGGAGAAGAGGAGGCCCUUCUUGAAGAACACUGAUCCUAAGUGCUAUGAUCUUCACUACUCUUCCUUCACCCUUGAAAGUUUGAAAGCAGAUGAUAAGUUGAUGAAGUUGGGGUCAAGGAAUUAUUUUCUGUGCUCAAAGCCUCCCACUUCUUCUUGCUCUGAGAAGGAGAAAAAUAUGGCAUUUGAUUCUGCAUUUCCUUCCAUGAUAUUCGUUCCUCUUCUACUGUAGAUAAGGAACGUGCCGAUCACUUUUACGAGCACUUAACCUUUUCAGUCGCCGUGAUUGCCUCU